AGUCCGGGCACAGCUUGGCAAGGGAGGGCGUCUCUCUCGCAACCCCCUUCGCCCGGAGCUACCACGCGCAGCUCAUCUCCGGAGUGGCUACGGGCAGGCUCUCCCGGUCCAGCAGGCGCCUCCUUCGUUUCGCGCUGGGGCUGAUGCGCGCCUGGCAGGUGACAGUGUUGUGGCAGAAGACGACUAUGGUGCCAUGGAGGACGGGUCGCAGAGCCCUUCUUUCUGAAUGUUCCGGAAGAUGUUAACCACCAGUACUAAGCACAGCCAGCCCCGUGACAGGCGCCUCCAAGCUAAAGGAGGGGAAGAGGAGAUGCCCCGGGUCCGUCCCAUGAAAGCCAUCCGAGGCAUCAGGAAACGCAAAGACUUUGUGGUGCAUCAAGGCACCCAGACAGAAGAGAAGCCCAACAUUUGCAUCGAGUGCGGGAAGACCUUCAGCCAGAGCUCCAGCCUGGUCAACCACCGGCGAACACACUCCGAUGAAAAGCCCUACAAAUGCCCAGACUGUGGGAAAAGCUUCGGGGUCAGCUCCAGCCUGAACAGGCACCAGCGAAUCCACACGGGGGAGAAACCUUACAAAUGCCCCGAGUGUGGAAAAAGGUUCAACGAUAAGUCCAACCUCACCCAGCACCAGCGGAUCCACACAGGCGAGAAGCCUUACAAGUGCAUCGACUGCGGCAACGUCUGCGAGAAGAGCUUCAGCGUCAGCUCCAACCUGUUCAGGCACCAGCGAAUCCACACGGGGGAGAAGCCGUACGUGUGCUCGGACUGCGGGAAGAGGUUCACCGACAAAUCCACCUUAGUUCAGCAUCAGCGCAUCCAUACUGGGGAGAAGCCCUACGCCUGCAGGUUUUGUGGCAAGAGCUUCAGCCACAGCUCCCACCACAAGAGACACGAGAAGAUCCACAAGGGAGAAUACCCUUUGUUAGCGUUCCCUGGGGUUAGAUCGGAGCCUUUCAACAUGUGGCAUGCUGAGGUAGGAAGGGUGGCUCUGAGCGUGUGCAGAGGACUUUUCCCUCCCACCGCGGCCCUCCCGGGACAUCACACUUUGGAUUUAGGGCUCUGUUUCAGGGGCACAAAAUACAUGCAAAGGAUGCCCUAUUCUCAGAAUGCACCCAGGCCCUUUACAUUCAAGCAAUGUACAGGACAGCAGCAGCUUGUGGUAGGUACUGAGGUAAGAAGACGUCGCAAAAUGAGCCACAUGGAGGAGAACUUUAGCCCGGAGGAGGCUCGAUCACAACUCGUGACCAAACGUAAACUCCUUAAGAUGUUAAGCUUAAGUCCCGGACACAGUCAGUCUCGCGGAGGUGAAGUGAGGGAGAAGAAAAUUCCGUCAAUGACGUGGCCAGUGAAACCUGUCCAGACCAUCAAGAAACGCAAAGUCUUUUUGGUGCAUCGGGGGACUCAAACAGAAGAGAUCCCCGAUAUUUGCAUCGAGUGCGGGAAAGUCUUCAUCCAGAACUCAAGCCUCGUCAGUCAGUGGCCAGUGCAGCCAGAGGAUAAGCCGCACAAGUGCUCUGAAUGUGGGAAAAGCUUUACAGUCCGCUCUAGCCUGAACCGGCACCAGAGAAUCCACACAGGGGAGAAGCCGUAUAUAUGUCUCGACUGUGGCAAACGGUUCAAUGACAAAUCCAACCUCACCCAGCACCAGCGGAUACACACGGGCGAGAAGCCCUACGAGUGUAUCGACUGUGGCAAAAGCUACAGCCGCAGCUCGCACAAGAAGAAACACCUGAAGGACUCGGUGGAAGAACAGAUGGAGACGUGCACCUCGGGUGAGGAUGGCGCCGAUGCCAGCAGCGGUGGUGGUGGUGAGAAACCGAAACCAAAGCAGAAGCCGGAGGUGCUGAACACCUGCACGGAAUGUUUGCGGAGCUUCAGCCACAACGCUGACCUUAUCAAACACAUGCGCAUCCACACAGGGGAGAAGCCCUACAAGUGCAACAUCUGUGAGAAGAGCUUCAAUGUCAGCUCCAACCUCUUCAGACACCAGCGAAUCCACACGGGCGAGAAGCCGUAUGUAUGCUCGGAGUGUGGGAAUUGCUUCACUGACAAAUCCACCCUGGUUCAGCACCACCGGAUCCACACCGGGGAGAAGCCUUAUGCGUGCCGGUUUUGUGGCAAGUGUUUCAGCCACAGCUCCCACCACAAGAGACACGAGAAGAUCCACAACAGAGAGAACCCCUUGUUUGCUUAUUCUGUCCCAUUGCGUCAGAGCCCGGUGGAAGGCGAAAGCGGGAAGCGGCGAGCGGCGAAGAUGGCCUCCGGGCACAUCGGAGGCGGAACAGAUGCCGGCGGAGAGGCGGAGCCAGCCAGGACGACACGCGAGCGUGGACCGCGCAGGCGGGGCGGAGCCAAGAACAAAAGCAUUGCUUCUGUGAGCACUGCAGGAAGCCAGAGUGCAGGCGGAGAGAGGAGAAAGAAGAACAAGCGGAAGUCGGAGCGCCCACUCCGCAGCCCCCCAGAGGAGGAGGUGGCAGCAAAGAAAAAAAAGGUGCCAUACCCACACCAGGCAGCACCAGCUAAAGGGGUGCGCCCCAACCUCUGCUCGGAGUGUGGGAAGAGUUUCCUACACUGUUUAGAUCUAGUGAACCACCAAUGGAUUCACAGUGGCGACAAACCUUAUGUGUGUACAGAGUGCGGCCACAGCUUCAGGCAAAGUUCCACCCUGAUCACGCAUCAGCGCAUCCACACGGGUGAAGCCCCCUACGCCUGCGGCUUAUGUGGCAAGCGCUUUCGUGUCAGCUCCAACUUUGUGCGUCAUCGGCGCAUCCAUACCGGGGAGAAACCUUACACCUGCCCCAUUUGUGCAAAAAGCUUCACUGACAAGUUGACACUGACACAGCACAAGUGCACGCACACGGGGGAGAAACCAUACCGCUGUGCCGACUGUGGCAAGAGCUUCAGCCAAAACUCAGACCUGGUCAAGCACAUGCAAAUCCACACGGGGGAAAAGCCCUUCCUCUGCAGCCGCUGUGGCAAGCACUUCAGUGUCAGCUUAAACCUGACGCGACAUCAGCGCAUCCACACAGGUGAGAAGCUGCACGUCUGUGAUGCCUGCGGCAAGGGCUUCACCGACAAGUCCACCCUGACACAGCACCAGCACACUGCUCAUCACACGGGGGAAAAGCCCUUCCUCUGCAGCCACUGUGGCAAGCACUUCAGCAUCAGCUCAAACUUGACGCGACACCAGCGCAUCCACACAGGUGAGAAGCCGCACGUCUGUGACGCCUGCGGCAAGGGCUUCACCGACAAGUCCACCCUGACACAGCACCAGCACACGCACACUGGUGAGAAGCCGUAUAUCUGCACCGAGUGUGGGCAAACCUUUGCCCAGAGCUCGGAUCUAAUUAGCCAUCAGAGAAUCCACAUGGGCGAGAAGCCCUACAAAUGCCUCGACUGUGGGAAAACGUUCAGCAUCAGUUCCAGCCUGAACAGGCACCAGAGAAUCCAUACGGGUGAGAAGCCGUACCUUUGCUCUGAGUGUGGGAAAAGCUUCACUGACAAGUCCACCCUGGUUCAGCAUGUGCGAACCCACUCGGGAGAGAAGCCCUACCAAUGCAUCGACUGUGGCAAAACCUUCAGCCACAGCUCCCACCUGGUCAAGCACAUGCGCAUCCAUACGGGGGAAAAACCCUUCGAGUGUAACCACUGUGGGAAAUGCUUCAAUGUCAGCUCCAACCUGAUCAGGCACAAGAGAAUCCACACGGGAGAGAAGCCCUACACUUGCUCUGACUGUGGGAAAAGUUUCACUGACAAAUCCACCCUCACCCAACACAACCGCAUCCACACGGGGGAGAAACCCUACACAUGCACUUACUGCGGAAAAAGCUUCAGCCGCAGUUCCCAUCACAAGAGACACCAGCGGAUCCAUGCAGGAGAAAACCCAGUGUCCUUUCUGCCCUUGUGGCCUUACCCAAACCAAAUGUACUAAGCGUCAUGGUGGGUGGGAUAGAAUUUUCAGGAGAUCCCUGACCAGCUGAAUCACAUAGAACAACCAUACGACACCUAGGCCAGGGGUCACCCACAUAAUUACAAUGAAGACCAUGGUGCCCAUCAACACCUUUCCGCCACGCGUUUUUUAACAGUGGGAGGAGCCAGGCAGAGCUUUUGCCCAGCAAGUGUUCUGAUUGGCCACUGGAGAAUUGAUUGACUGUGC